UUAUCCUACUCCGUCGUUCGUAUAGAAUCUCUUGGACGUGCUAGCACCACGAAUUCUCAUAUUUCUUUCAAUCCCUUUCCCAAACUAAACGCUUGAAAGUCAGUGCUCCUGUUAUAUCGGUUACCUCGCGGUAUAUACGCAAGAUAAAAGAUGUUACUAAUACAACCGAAGGAUGAGAUGUCAAAAUUAAUUAGGUCACAACUGAAUGAAAAUGUAACGACUCGAGAUAAUGAUUUGAAGAUGAUCAAGGAAUGGCUAGCCAAACAGCCACAUUUACCUGAAAUCGAUGACGACCAAUUGUUAAUGACGUUUCUCCGUGGAUGUAAAUUUUCUUUGGAAAAAUGCAAAAGGAAACUCGACAUGUAUUUCACGAUGCGAGGAGCUGUUCCCGAGUUCUUCGAUAAUCGCGACAUCACGCAGCAGGAGUUAAAAACACCAGCCAGUCUAGUACAUUUUCCACCAUUGCCAGGCUUAACGAAAGACGGAUGUAGAGUUAUAAUAAUGAAUGGAAAAAGGAAAGAUAUAAUACCAACGAAUGCAGCUAAUUUAAUGAAAUUAGUGAUGAUGAUAGGAGAUAUUCGUCUGAAAGAAGAACUUCACGGUGUAGCCGGUGAUAUUUAUAUUUUUGAUGCGAGCGUUGCAACACCGGCACAUUUCGCCAAGUUCACUCCAACGCUCAUCAAGAAAUUUCUCGUUUGCGUUCAAGAGGCAUAUCCUGUGAAAUUGAAGCAAAUACAUGCAGUGAAUAUCACACCGUUCGUCGAUACCAUCGUUAACUUUGUUAAACCUUUUUUGAAGGAAAAGAUACGGAAUCGUAUUUUUACGCAUAGCAAAAUGGAAACUCUUUACGAGUAUGUACCUAGGGAAAUUUUACCUACCGAAUACGGUGGCGAUGCUGGACCUAUUCAACCGAUACAUGACGCUUGGAUUAAAAAAUUAGAAGAAUACGGACCGUGGUUCGCUGCACAAGAAUCAGUCAUAGCAAAUGAAGCAUUACGUCCAGGCAAACCAAAGACUCACGACGAUAUUUUUGGUAUCGAUGGAUCUUUCCGACAAUUAACGAUCGAUUGAGAUCAUCGCGAACGAAUCCUUGGAACUAAUGAUCGAUCAUGCUAACGAUAUAUUCGUUGCUCGUCCUAAACUUAUCAAGUAAUUGCCCUUCGAAUAAUAGUCAAUGUAAUUACGUUAAGGAAGCAUGCUUUGCAUGUUAUAGUUUAUUUUUCUAUCGAUUGAAUAUCUUUUUUAUAAUAUAUAAAUAUAAUCGUUAAAUAUAAUCGAUUUU